AUGGUUCAGCUCUCGCUCGCUACCUUUGCCAUCGUCGCCGGCAUGUUCGCUCAGACCGCGCUCGCGGCUCCUUCGGAGAAGCGCGCGGCCAGCUGCUCGUUCCCCAACCCAUCCGCAUCUACCAACGUCAAGCUGUCCGCAGCUCGCACCAUCAAGGCUGGCGAGACCUUCGACGGCAAGAACCUCCGCUACGGCCGUGGUGUCAAGUGCGGCGGUCAGAAGGAGGGCGGCACCAAGGACGCCGUCUUCAUCCUCGAGUCCGGCGCUACUCUUGCUAACGCCGUGAUCGGUGCAGACCAGAACGAGGGUGUGCACUGCCAGGGCCCUUGCACCAUCCGCAACGUCUGGUUCGAGGACGUGUGCGAGGACGCCAUCACCAUCAGGCAGAGCUCCGGCACCUCCACCAUUACCGGCGGAGGCGCUAAGAGCGCGUCCGACAAGGUCGUCCAACACAACGGCGGAGGUCUCGUCAAGAUCGACUCGUACUGCGUCCAGGACUUUGGCAAGCUGUACCGCUCGUGCGGCAACUGCGGCACCCAGGUCAAGCGCCAGGUGCAGAUCAGCAACAUCAUCGCUCGCAACGGCAAGUUGCUUGCAGGCGUGAACUCGAACUUUGGGGACGUAGCGACGAUCGAAACCAAGACGAACUCGUACACCAGCCUGACGUCGGUGUGCGACACGUUCCAGGGCAACAACAAGGGCGACGAGCCGACGACGCUGACCAAGAACAAGGCCAACGCUAGGCUAUUCAAACUCGUCGGCACAGAGUCUAUCCUAACGAAUCUCGAAAUCCUGAGAAUAUCCUUGGCCAUACCUAGUAUGAACACAGUUCUAGACCCGGUACCAUUUAUUUCAGCAUUCUUGACGCCGACUAUGGUAGAAAUCGACCACUCCCGUCAGGCCCAUCGUUACAUGGAACCAUAUAUUCUAUCUCAUCUAGUCUCUACAAUUGCACAACAGUCCCCACAUCUCCGCUCGCUGAAGUUGAGUAAUGUUGCUGAGCAGACCCGUAUGGGACCCAUUCACGCGGGUCAACUAGCCAACUCGCUGGCCCAGCUCCGUAACCUUCGUAUUCUUGGCAUUGGUCCCGUGGCUUUAGAUCCUCAAGUGCUAGCAGCCCUUGGUAGCUUACCCUACCUCGAGUCUCUUACUCUGAGCGAGCCCUAUGAUCCCCUAGGACUCUUUAGUUUGGAAAGGAUAGACAAACCACCCCAGGUGAUUGCCAAGAACGGAAAACUCCUCGCUGGUGUCAACUCGAAUUAUGGCGAUGUCGCGACUAUUGAUACCAAGUCGAACUCCUACACAAGCGUCAAAUCGAUUUGCGACACGUUCCAGGGUAACAGCAGCGGCAAAGAACCCACCACUCUGACCAAGAAUCAGUCCAACUCCAACUGUAAGUUCCGAAGGCAAUUGUUUGAGCCGAACUUCUCAGGGUUGGCCGAACUCGGCGUUGUAUUUGACUUUACUCAUAGUUUACCGAAUAUGACCUCAUUUACUCAUUACACAUCGUUCGAUACAACUCUGAACGUCUCAGAGCCUCGAGUACUUCAAGCACUUGUUACAUACUUGUUUGAAGCCAAUAACACUUCUUGA